AUUGGAAUAUAAAUAAUUGAGGAAUGGACACAUAUUACGGUUCUCAGAUUGCUUCAAAGCUCUUUAGGGUGGACCCUCGAUACAUCCUCUUCAUCCACCUGGUUCUCAACGAUAUCAUCCAGCUGUCGUUGUCUGGGCUUCUGGUCGUUAUCUGGUACAUCUUCAACACCAUCAACGUUUCUUUCUGCUGCCUCCUGCUGGUCAUCCCCAUCUGCACUACCCUCAACACCCCUCUCAACCUGGCCUGUAUGGCAGUGGAGUGCUAUGUAGCUGUGUGCUUCCCUAUGCGUUACCUACAAAUUUGCACUGUGAAGAGAACCUACAUCCUGAUAGGUUUGAUUUGGGGGGCGAGUGCCAUCUCCAUCCUACCCGACAUCUUCCUGCUCAUGAUAGUGGAGCCUCCAAGCUUCUUUCAUACCAGGGUUCUCUGCUCCCGGGACACAGUCUUCAGGAGCAGCAUCCAGAAGAGGAACACCUCCCACAUCAUCUGUCUAGUUGUGGUCUGGCUAACCUUGUUCUUCACCUAUUUCAAUGUUCUGUUCGCGGCCAAGGCGGCCAACGCAGAUGUGAAGAAGGCGAGGAACACUCUGCUUCUGCAUGGCUUCCAGCUCCUGCUCUGCAUGAUGACUUACAUAAUGCCCAUAUUUCAGGCGGCCCUGCUGUACCUUUUCCCCCAGCAUUUCUACGACAUUACGUUCGCCUUAUAUGUCUUCAUUCAGGUCAUGCCACGCUUCCUAAGCCCCAUUGUUUAUGGACUAAGAGAUAAGAAGUUCCGGAACUAUCUCAGUAGAUAUUUGAUGUGUGAAGUCAUCAUAAAAACCAAACCAAACCAUCACAAUCACAAAGCAGGAUUCUAAAUAAUAAAAGAAACAAGCAAAAUAUUACCGUUGUAGUAUUCCAGAUGUUCCAGAUACAAUUUUUUUUGUAUAGCGCAUUUCUUACACCAAGCAGUUCAAUGUGCUUUACAGAGAAAAAGACAACAGUAUCAUUUAUAGUGAAGAAGUACAUGCAAGCAAUAUAAUGAAAGACCUUCAAUGAAAUCACACAUAUACUAUAAAAAAUAAAGGGAGAAAAGAUGUGCUGUAUGAACAUGUCGUGUAUGUAUAUAUAUAUAUUUUUAUAUAUAUUGUAUAUAGUUUGGUCCAAUGCCAUUUAGUGCAUUAAAAACAAGAAGUAGAGCUUUAAAUUCAAUUCUAUAAAUAUCAGGAAGCCAGUGUAAGGACCUUAGGAUAGGGGUGAUGUGCUCACUCCUCUUAGUCCUAGUUAGCACCCUAGCAGCAGCGUUUUGUAUAGCUUGUAGUUGCUUUAUAGUUAUUAAAGAGGGAUACAAAGAGGGCACAUAACAUCACCAAGGACACUACACCCCCCCAGCACACACUGUACACAAUGCUACCAUCUGGCAGACGCUACAGGAGCAUGAAAGCCAGAACAACCUGACCUAAAAAAUGUUUUUAUCCACAGACCAUCAGCUGAAUGACUCUCUCAAACACUGAUGACAUUGUAUUUAUUUUCAACUGUGAGCUUCAUUUACACGAUGUACUUAUCUACCAAUAAUAUUCAAUAUCCAAUGUAUAUAUUCAAACUUCUAUAUUUCAAUGUCUUCCAGGGCCUUCUGCUGUAAGCGAACAUUGCACAUGCUAAACAGCACCUUAUAUUUAACUGUUUUUGUUUAACUAAAUUCUGCUUGUUGUACCGAGUUUUUUAGUAGUUUAGUUAUUUAUCUACUUUAUUUUAAGCAUAUUUUGUGUCAAUAACUGAGUAAUGUGUGUGUGAUGUUUUUCAUAAUCAUGCACUACAAUUAUAUGUGGGUAUGCAGUGAAUGGUUGGUUGGGAUUGUGGUGGGCCUUAGCUGUAACAUUUUACAAAAAAGGGUACAAUACUUAAACAUUAAUGAAAAAUAUUUAAGGUUUAACCUUAACCCUAUAGCUAACAUACAUUGCAUUAAAGUAAUUAACGUUAAUUAUUUGACCUUUAAAAAUAAGUUUACAUUUAUUGUAAACUUGCCGAUUAUUCAAAGAAACUCGUUUGGAAUCUCAUUUAAAUUGUUGUUGAAUUUGUUUACCUAUGGUCACAGAAUUAUCCUACAGAUGGAUGGUUCAUCGAACGGUAACUUCACAGUGGUCUUAU